ACAGAAAUAAAAUUGCCUACAUUAACAUGUGAUUUUUAAAAUUAUUGUUGUAUAAGCAUGUUUUGAAAGAUUUUCAGCUUUUUUAUCAUUAAUUAGUGUUACUUAAUGUCACAAAUUUAUCAAUAUCGACCAGUUUAAUUGUUCGUUGGAAUUUAUUGGAUAAUGUUCUCUUUUUUGCGUCCUCUGGCUUUGCAUAACUGCUUUGCUAAACUUCCAAAUUUGUCAUCAAAAGCAGUUCGCUUUUCAUCUCUUGGAUCGCAAAGUGUGAAGAUCGCCGAAGAUCCAGAAAAAGUUAGCUCUAGUGAUGAACCAGUGAUAAUUAACCCUCUUGAUGUUCCAGAUUAUUUUGGUGUACAUCAGCUUGUGUCAUUAAAACAACUUUUUGAUAAUCGAGUGCAUUUUGGACAUAAAGAAGGAUCCUUAAAUGAAUAUAUGGUUCCUUAUCUAUAUGGUUCACGAUUAGGAGUUUGCAUAAUAGACCUCAAUCAAACAGUUGCUCGUCUGAAAGAUGCAUUAAAUUUUACUGCUCAUAUAGCAUUUAGAGGAGGUGUCAUUUUGUUUGUUUCAAAUCACAAAGAGACUGGACAAUAUGUCGAAAAAAUAGCAAAAGAAUGUGGAGAAUAUGCUCACUGUCGUCAUUAUCAAUCAGCUACUUUUACCGCUUCUGAAGUAUUUUUCGGUAAAGUUAUGAGGCUACCGGAUCUUUGUAUUUUUUUGAGCACAUUUAAUAAUGUGUUUCUUGAGCAUGAUGGUGUUAGAGAUUGUGCUAAGUUGUUUAUCCCAUCUAUUGCUAUCUGCGACACAAAUAGUGAUCCACGUUUGGUUACUUAUCCUGUUCCUGGUAAUGAUGACACUCCAUCGGCAAUACAUCUCUAUUGUGACCUCUUCAAACAAGCUAUUCUCAAAGGUAAAGCUGCAAAAGAAGAAAUAUACAACCGAAUUGCUGCUGAAAGUAAUCAAAAAUCUGCACUCGAAUGAUCAUAAUUACUUUAAGAUUAAUUUUCAUUAGAACUAAUUCAUAACUUGAAGCUUAUCAACUAGGAUGAGAUGAGUAAAACUAUGUAAAACUGAUAAAUUGAUAAUUUUUCAGUUGUAUUUAUAUUGUACAGUGUGUUAUCAAUUCAACUCCGACACUGCUUUUUCUCGACGAAUGGUAGAAGUAAAUUUACUUUACAACAAGUUGGAGAUGAAUCUGUUUGAUCAACACAAAAUGUUGAAUAUUUGCAUUAUUAAAAGAUUUUUAAAAUCUAAUAAAAAUUCAUCGCUAGAA